AUUCAAUCCCUUUUCAUUCACUUUUCUCUCUCUAUUUCCUUUCUCUUUUUCUUGUUUUCAAUCACCAUAUUUAUCUCCACUUUCUCCGUCAACCCAGAUCGUUAUUGCACACAAAUAGGUAAGUGUUUCUCUCACAAUAUUUUUGGGUGUUUUUAUUUUGUGGGUGUUUCCCAUUUUAUUGGUUGUUCGUUUUAUUUUGUGGGUGUUUCCUCCUUCUUCAAUUUCACUUAAUAGAACUCAUUCAUACUUAGGGUUUUACUUCAGAACUCCCAAUUUCUUCGAAAUCAAUGGCUGAUGCAAAAGUGCCAACAAGGGUUACUAAAGGUAUUCCCUUUAAUCCCAAUGAUUUUAUCUGUGCUCCAUCAUUCGACUUAGGAAUUUCUCAACAACAUAAUGUUGUUGCAGGGUCUACCGAAAAAAUGUAUGCUGAGAGGCAUGCAAAGCAAAUGCAUGAACCCCUCCCAAGUCGGAAAUCUGAAGUUCCCAAAUCUAACAAAACCAAAGGUGCUGCACAAGCAAAAAAUCUUAGAAAACUAGCGGAGGAACAACCAAUGGAAGAAGACGAGGAGAUGGAAGAGGUGGCGGAGCAGGAUCCUAAAUUCUAUGUCAAACGUCUGCCAAGGCUUUCUCCACGAUAUUCCUGCUAUACGAAUUCAAAGGUAUUUUCUGAUUUGGAGUCCAAUCUCUCAAAAAGGCAGCAAGAACUUUUUUCCAAAACUAUCUUUGGAAAAUUCCUUGGUAUGCAACACUUUGAAGUAACUGCACAAAUGUUUAGAUGUUUCAUGGUUAGAGAAUUAAGGAAAAGUAAACCAGAUGCUUUUCUUAUUGAAAUCAAUGGUUUUGUCUUGCGGUUUACCAUCCUGGAAUUUGCCAUAAUGUCCGGACUAAACUGUUAUGGUGAUGAAGGGGUUCACAUAGUUAAUGAAGAUAGUAAGAAUAGGCUUAUGGAUAAAUAUUUUCCUGGAUCUGAGAAUAAUGUGAGAAAAAAUGAAUUGGAACUAUGCUUCAAGCAAAAAAAUAAGAACCUUGAGGAUGGCGAUGCAGUUAAGCUUGCGAUUUUGUAUUUUAUCCAUUCAUACAUCUUGUCUGGUGAGCAUAAGUCUACAAGGAUUCCGAGGCUUCAUUUUGACUUGGUUGAGAAUGGAAAAUACAAAGAUUACCCAUGGGGUAAGGUAGCAUUCAAUGAUUUGAUAAGAAGUAUUCACCAAAAGAUGACCUCCGAGUCAACGUUCUUCUGUCUUAGAGGUUUUCCUCCUGCUAUGCAAGUUUGGUUAUACGAGACAUGUUCCAGUGUGUAUCCCAACUUGGCCAUUAAGCAUGGGAAUUCGAUUCCGAGAAUUCUAAAUUGGAGAACCAUUGAAAGUCAGCCAAGUUACUCAUCUUUAAUGAGUGGAAUGUUUAAAGAUGACGACUCACCGGGAAGAGUUACAUACGCAAAUGUCGUGCCGACCAUUGAAGAGAUUGAGGCUCUUCGAUUGCCCGUUACUGUAGGUGAUUCACACCAAAAUACCCCUGCCAAUGAAGGGACAGAAGUCGACGAGUAUGACAAUUUUAUUUCUACACCACCUGAUAGGGUUAUUGGUAAACAACAACAGCGUCUUUCACAUUCUCCACCUCAUAAGAAACGCAGAGAGAUGCGACUCGAGGCAGGACCGACAAAGAAAUUAUCAAUUCGGCACGCAACAAAUUCAGCUUCCGUGAGUCAUCCUAGUGAUGAAAGGUUGGCUAAACAGCAUGUUUUGCAGAGUGAAGUUCCAGUUUCUGCAGUUGCCAAUGAUCAAUCACGUCAACCAUCCCCCCGUGUCCACCGUGACGUCCCUGCUACCAUGAAAGAUGAUGACGUGAUUCUUUUGAGGCAAGAACUAAGAGAAUUUAAGCAGUCGGUAGAGGAUGAGUUCAGAGGACUUUGCAAGUUAAUUGACGAUAACUUCAAACAAGUCUUUGAACUUAUUAAAGGAAAUCAGAGUCUAAAUAAGGGUGCUGAUAGAAAAGAUCCGAUGCAUUUCAACGACGUUGACAAACAUCGGACACUUGGUGACAAUACACAUGAUCAUUCGAGGAUUAAAAUGGACAGUGAUAGACCUCAAACUGAGCAAGCUGAGGAAGGCGAAAAAUGCAGAGUUUCCCAAUCAUUAGCUAAUACCAGAAGCAUGACAUCUGAUAUUAUUGAGCUACCUGACUGCCCUGUGAAAUUUGAUAAUCUAGAAGACUUCUUUGUGCAAGUUAGUGGACAAAUUAAACGAGCUCAAUCUCUCGGUUCUUUUGCUGACCAAUCUUCUCCUAUAGAUGACAAGAUAUUUGCCACGCCGAGGUCUCAGCCAUCAGUAGAAAUGCUUGCCACAGCAAAAGGUGAUAUUGAGAGAUUACUAAUCAUGCCUUCUCAAGACUUGCUUCUACCCGAAACCGCUCAGAUUAAAGCUAAGAAGGACAAAGAAGAUUAUUACAAGAAGGCUGCCAAGAAAGUUCUCCUCAUCGACGAGCUCACAAAGGAUCAGGAACUCUAUACUAAUCUCAAAGACGGAAAUGACAAACUUGAAUACCAAAUCAGCAAGUUGAAGGCAAGCUUGAAGGAUGCAAAGACGAAGAGAAAAGCAAUCCAGGAUCAAAAAUUGAGGUUGGCUAAGAAGUGUUUUGAAAAGACUAAUGCUCUUGAUGGAAUGGAAGCUGAGUUUCUUGUCAUCGAGGAAAUGAAGGAGCUAGCCGAUUUGGACAUUGCUCGAGUGGAAGAAAGCUUGACAAACUUCAAGAGUAAGAUAAUCGAAUCGCCUGUGUAA